AUGAUUAACGCCCCCAGCGGCCUCUCCUGGGGGGAGGUGUCGGACCUGGUCCUGAUCGAUCCCAUCCCGGAGGACCUCUUUGAGGAGGAUCAGUGGCAGCAGUACUGGUACAGAAAUCUGGUGCCCUCCCUCCAGGUCAUGCAGUUCUCUGCAGCCACCGGGCUGAACAGGAUGUUCAUUAUUCUGGGUCUGAUGGAGCCGGUCAUGAAGGGGGAGGGGGUUUCCCUGGACUUGGUGCAACGGCAGAAAUACUUCCUCAGCAACCCGGCUCACCAGAGCAGUGCAGUGGACGAACACUUUUUCCUGAACGAGAGUGCAUCCCAAGUGAAGGAAAUUUCUAAAUACAAACCUCUUUCGAGUAGGACAUCAGUGAGCGUGAUUACUGGUGAUUCUUUUGACGAAGAACUUCCCGCUCAUCUCAACCAGAUGGUAGCUACGCUUCAGAAGAAGUGUCUGGAGGAGUUGUACCCGUCAGCCAAGCACAUUCGUGUCCACGGGGUAGACCGCAAAAUGAUCUACAAAAGUCCUUCAGCAAUUAGCAAACAUUUAAUGAAGAUGAUAGCACAGAGACAGUCUAGAAAACAGAGCCAAUGACAAGGUGCCAAAUAUUGCAACUUUCCAAAAAGAAAAAAGAUGCGGUUUGUUUUUAAUUCAAGCCUUUCUUUGUGAACAGCUGUGCUGUAUUUAGGUCUUGGAAGAUUUUGUCAGGGAAAGUUCACAAACAAAAUCCUUUUUUUGUAAAAGACCAUUUAUUUCGUGGUGGCAGAUGCAUUUUUGUUUAGUGAAGUUGUAUUUUUAACUUGAUUACAAGUGUAAUUAUAAUACAACUUGCCUUUAUUACUUGGAUAAAGUGUGAUGUUUCCCCUUUAA